ACGUUGGGGUGCGCGCUACUUAAGGUCCUGCUGCGUGAGCCAUUGACGUGUUUGGAGCUGGAGACGGCCUGGGCGCUGGCGAAGCGGCAGCCCGAGACGCUGACAGGCAGCACCUUGGAAGGCAGCGCGGCCUCGGAUUCACAUCCUUUCAGUUUUUCCUUCGGCUUGCCUGCCCCAUUCCGUAAGAAGACCUAGGAUGCCCGUGGUGACGCACCGAUUGAGAGAUCCUGACAUAAAUCCUUGUUUGUUGGAAUCUGAUGCUUCUAGCAGAUGUAUGGAUGAAAAUAACUAUGAUAAGGAAAGAUGUUCCAGUUACUUCUUGAAGUACAAAAACUGCCGGAGAUUUUGGAAUUCCAUCAUGAUCCAAAGAAGACAAAAUGGAGUGACACCAUUUAUGCCCACAGCAGCAGAAAGAGAUGAAAUCUUGGGAGCAAUGGGGAAAAUGCCUUAUUGAAUGUUUACUCUAAAAUUGUUUAUGUAAACUAGAAGAUAUUUUUUUUUAAAUGUACAAUUACUAUAAUCUUUUAAAACUUGACUGGCCUUACCCAGACAGAUCUGAAGAUUUACAAGGAGAGACAGAAUUAAGGUAGUUUUGUGUCCUCUGUAUUUGUUCUCAAUGCCAUGAUAAUAUGUCACUGCCACGCUGCACUUCCAGGAAAUAAGGAGGGUUAGGAAAGACUAUUGGAGUUGAGCUUCUCUGCUGGGUCUCAAAUGAAAGUUUAGAUGUGAACAAACAAAGACUUAAUGGGGCUGGGACGUAGUAUUUCCAAAGAAAGGAAAUGAUGGGAAGAACAACAUGAUAGAAGGAAAUCUUCUGUUUCACCUAGAGUUUGAAGUGUGUAAAGGUGAAGGGGAUGAGUGGAAAGGUGGGUUGGGGUAGGUGUGUGGUGGUUCUCAAACCUCAGGCUUACCCCUAAAAAUCUCUUUUCUUCCUUGACUCACUCAUCUUUGUUUAAAUAAGGCUAGUACAUUCACUAGGGGGGAAAUGGGUAUAGAAAAACUGUUCUAAAUAAAUGGCAUGAAAAAGAACUGGUGUUCUUUCUUUUCUUUCUUUAAGGAAAGGCUUAGGAUCCUAGGCAACAGUCCAUAAAUUCUGGGUAACCUUAUGAAACUGUAUUAUCAGUUUUUGAACUACAGAAAGACAAAAAGAAAUGGGUUCCCCUGGAAGGAUUUCUGUUUACAGAGUGAGGUAGACAAGGAAGGAUGUGGGGGCUUAUCUAGUGAGCUCAACUUCAUUUUGUGAUAUAAAAAGAGUGAGUUUUCAGUUUGGUGCAUUGUAUAGCAUAUAUACUUGCUGCCUUUAAAAAUCUAGUUUGUUUCAUUUACAGAAUAGUUUUGUAAAGAGACAUUAUUUAAUAAAAUUUAAUGUAGACAACCAGUGAAAAUAAAUUGCCGUGUCCCUUCUUCUCCUCUGAUCCUGGAUCAAGAGCAUUGUUUUAAUGACUGCCGACAAUCAACUAUCCAUCUGAGUCCAAAACAGUUCAGAAGUUUUUAAAUUAUAUGACCUUGAUUGUUAAAUGUGAUUCUAUUUGAAUAAAAAAAUGGAUUGUUUCAAAAAUUCUUUCAAUUUUUGUAAUGUUGUAGAAAUAAUGGGUUAAAAUAGGACCUGAAGGGAAUUAUGUCCUAUUUGUGUGAGAAGCAUUUCAGUACAGGCUUGUUUCAGAGUUUGGAAUUUUAAUGUCACCUCUUUAAGUGUACAUACUAGUUAUCAAUAUUCAUUAUGUAGCUGUUUGUCCUGAUAUAGCUUUUAAAAUUUCCAUUUAUUUGUUUUAACCACUUUUGCCUUAUUAAUAAGCAUUUCAAAUAUAGACAUGAGUGCCCACCUUAA